CAAUCACAAGUGUUUCCAAUUUUCUGAUUUCGUUGCCAAGAAAUAUUGUGAUUAUGGCAGGCAAUAAUUUAACAGCUGUGCUCUAUGGCAUCAACGACAUCAGACUGGAAAACACUGCAAUCGAGGAGCCUGGGGAUAAUGAUGUUCUAUUGGAGAUGGGAUGUGUCGGAAUCUGCGGAUCCGACGUCCACUACCUGGUGCACGGCCGAAUUGGUGAUUUCGUCGUAAAAGCCCCGAUGAUAAUAGGCCACGAGGCAGCCGGGACAGUCACUAAACUCGGAAAAAGUGUUAAAAACUUGAAGAUUGGCGAUCGAGUGGCUAUUGAACCCGGUGUACCCUGCAGAAUGUGUAGUUACUGCAAAGAGGGAAAGUACAAUCUCUGCCCAGAAAUGAUUUUUUGUGCAACACCUCCGGUUCAUGGAAAUCUUCGAAAAUUUUACAAACAUCCUGCUGAUUUCUGCUUCAAAUUACCCGAUCAUGUGAGCCUCGAGGAGGGGGCACUCCUGGAGCCGCUGUCCGUGGGUGUUCAUGCUUGCAAGCGGGCCCAGAUUGGAAUUGGAUCGAAGGUGUUGAUUCUGGGAGCGGGACCCAUCGGUCUCGUAUCGUUGUUAGCAGCUAAAGCAAUGGGGGCCAGUAAGGCCCUGAUUACUGAUAUCGUCCCUGCGCGAUUGGAAAUAGCGAAAGAAUUGGGGGCUGACGAAACACUCCUAGUCAAGGGUCUCUCUGAAGUACAGGUCGCAGCGAAGGUUCAUGAACUCCUCGGAGGAGAGCCUGAGAAGACCAUUGACGCCUGCGGGGCCGAAUCAAGCAUUCGAACUGCCAUUUUCGCCACUAAAUCGGGUGGAGUAGCAGUUUUGGUGGGAAUGGGCGCUCCUGAAGUUAAAGUUCCACUGAUAAAUGCUCUAAUUAGGGAAGUGGACAUUCGUGGAGUUUUUAGAUACGCUAAUGACUAUGCCGAUGCCCUGGACCUCGUGGCUUCUGGAAAAGUCAACGUCAAACCCCUCAUAACACACAAUUUUCACAUGGAAAAAACCGUGGAGGCAUUUGACGCAGCCAAGUCAACGACUAGUGGAGCUAUAAAGGUCAUGAUCCAUUGCAAAUAGACCUGCAGAGAUAACGAUGUGUGCUGAUGACUUGGGAUCAAGUCAGAGCUGCUAGAAAAAUGUUAUUAAUUCCAGUUAGAGAUGAGAGUCAUUUGAAAGAUUUAUAGUAUCGUUGAGUGCAGCAGGAGAAUUUGUUGUUGAUGCACAUACUUUUGAUAAGAGUAGAAAUGAUUUAAAUACGAAAAAUAAAUUGUGAGUGAGGAAAUGUCUGCUUUGAGAUUGAAUGUCUUUGUAUGUUAUCGAUAUGGAAAUAAAAUAUAUUUUGUAAAUGAAA